AUGGAAGUCCACGCUCUAGAUAACUAUUAUCUGGCCAUCACCCUCCUCAUAACUAUUGGAUACCAACUCUUUUUCUUUGCGAUUGCUUUCUCUUUGAAGUUCGACAAACUUACUGACUUCGCCGGCGGAACCAACUUUGUAGUCCUCGCCAUAAUCACUCUUGCAUUCAGCGGGCAUCAUAAUGCUCGUCAAAUCGUGGCCUCGCUGUUCAUUAUGGUCUGGGGCCUACGUCUCUCGGGUUUCCUCCUAUUUCGUAUCUUGAAGACUGGCAAAGACGAUCGUUUCGACGACAAGCGCGACCAUUUCUUCAAAUUCCUUGGCUUCUGGAUCUUCCAGAUGUUUUGGGUCUGGACUGUCUCAUUGCCUGUUACGGUGCUGAACUCGCCGAAUGUCACUCAAUACCCACAACCUGCUUUCGGCACUGGGCGCGAUAUCGCGGGGGUGAUUUUGUUCGCUAUUGGGUUCAUAAUGGAGGCCUUUAGUGAUGUACAGAAGUACAUAUUCAAGAGCAAGAAAAGCGACAAGUCUGCUAUCUGUGACAAAGGCUUCUUCGCGUGGACGAGACAUCCCAAUUACUUUGGAGAGAUAAUCAUCCAAUUUGCUAUCUACAUGAUAUGCGUAUCUCCCGCAGCAAAUGGCUACGUCAAAGGCCAAGCUUACAAAGCUCUCUACGCCACGAUCGUUGGCCCCUUUUUCCUGACAAUCCUCCUGAUGUUUGUUUCGGGCUUGACACUUCAAGAGCGGCCAGGCGCAAAGAAGCGUUACGAGAAAAACAAUCACUGGGCAGAGUACUCGAGAUAUUUGAACCGUACCAGUAUUUUGAUACCAUUCCCUCCACAACUUUACGAGAAGAUGCCCACCAUUUUGAAACGGACGAUAUUUCUGGAAUUCCCCAUCUAUGUCUUCGAUCCUUCGAAACACUCUGAUGUUGGAAAGGGGCAACAAAGAGCAGAGGAAGGCAAUGGAAAUGGCCAAAACUCGCAAGACCAUCGACAAAGUGGCGAUCAGUUAGUCAAUGGUUAA